AUGCAGCAAAAUAAUAUGGCGUAUUCUGACCCGUACCUUUUGCUGGACAGGUCUCGCGCCUUCGAUGAUGACAUGGUUGCGUUGUUGGAUAAGGUUAUCCAGGCUAUGUUUGAUGGCAUAAGUGCUGAAAAUAGAGAAACUGCCCACAAAAUACUUGAGGAAUUUAAGUCUAUCCCAGAUUCCUGGAAGCAUGUAGCACUAAUUCUCUCAAAGUCUUCAAAUGUGAAUACAAAGUUCUUUGCUCUUCAGGUGUUACAAAUAUGUAUUCAAUCCCGUUGGAAUAUACUACCUCCAGAAGAAAGAGCAGGUAUAAAGCAAUACGUAUCGGAGUUCGUAAUAAAACUUUCCAUGGAUGAUGAAGUGUGCAAUAAAGAAAAACACUUUCUCACAAAAAUGAAUGAAUGCCUCAUACAAAUCGUCAAGAAAGAAUGGCCUGACAGAUGGCCUAACUUUAUAUCAGAAAUUUGUAAAGCAUCCCAUGUAUCGCAAAAUAUAUGUGAAAAUAAUAUGCGUCUUCUGAAUAUGUUAAGUGAAGAAAUCUUUGAUUUUGGUGAAGAUUCGAUGGAAAGUCGUAAGGUAAAAAAAUUGGCCUCCACAAUGACAGCAGAAUUUAGAGAGAUUUACAAUGUCUGCUUAUUUGUCUUGAAUAGUUUUAUACAAUCCCCUGAAGUCAUACGGCCCUCUUUGGUUACACAAACGUUAGUUUGUUUGGCUCAUUUUCUCAAAUGGAUACCAUAUGGUUAUAUAUUUGAAGUAUACGUCCACAACAAUGUGUCAGUUAUUCUGAUCGAUCUUUUAUUGGACCACUUCUGGGAUCCUGUAAUAUAUCGUAUUGAGUGUACUAAAUGUAUCACUGAAAUCGCCUCUUUAUCUUUACAGGGACAUGAGUUGCACUCUUUCUCACCUAGAAUUGCCUCCAUGUGGCCAAAACUUGUCGCAAAAAUUUCACAGUUACCAACAACUUCAAUGCAAUACGAUGACCCAAAAAAGGUUCCUCAAUCGAUGAGGCUAUUCUGGGAAACUUUCUAUAUGCAACUUAGUUUAUGUCUAACAAACUUUCUUCGUAACUUUCAGGAAAGUGUUAUAGAAAAAAUUCCAGACAGUAAGGAUUCGUUGCUUUUCAUAUUAGAACGCUUGGUGUCAAUUUCUGAUAUCAACCAUGAAGAAACAUUCAAAAUUACAGUGGAUUUUUGGCAUCAUUUUUCAUAUCAAAUAUUCAAGGAACUCAAAGAUAAUGAAAAGAAAGUUGCUGCUGAGCAUGGUAUGCUUGUAAAUGAUGGUAGCACGCACACGUUUAAUCCAGCCAUGAUAAAUUUGAAUCAACGCUCAGAUACCCUGAGAUAUCGAGUGUUUGAGACUAUACUAAUUGAAGCACAGAAGGUGUUGAUUAAAAAAAUGGCAAAACCACAAGAAAUUUAUAUAAUGUACGAUACAGAUUCAAGAGAGGUAGUCAGAGAGUAUAAUCCGAAUACGGCUGAGAUUGCACUAUAUAAUAAGAUGAAAAGUACACAAAUAUAUUUAACAAAUAUGUUACAACAAAAAACAGAACAGAUAAUGAAGGAGAUCUUGAAAAGAGAAAUGGAAUAUGCAAACGUAACUGGACGCUGUGAAUCUUGGGAUCCCACCGCAUUGAACCGUUUGUGCUAUACUGUUGGAUCUGUUACUAGUACACUAGAGGAAUCUUUUGAGAAGCAAUUUUUAGUUUGGAUUAUCAAAUGCUUGUUAAGCAUAUGUGAGAUUAAAGUUGCGAUUGGAGAUAAGGCAAUUGUAGCCUCUAAUAUUAUGUAUGUAGUGGGACAGUAUCCUCAGUUUUUAAAAACAAACUGGCGCUUUUUGAGUACUGUUCUGAACAAGCUUUUUGAAUUCAUGAGGGAAACGUUCCCAGGGGUCCAGCAAAUGGCUUGUGAAACGUUCUUAAAGAUAACUAGUAGUUGUAAAAAAGUAAUAGCAUCGCAAUCUGAUGGUAAUGUACCGUACAUCCAGGAAUUAAUAAGGACUAAUCAUACAAUGACAUCUGUUCUGGAUGAAAAGCUUAUCCUUUGGUUUUAUGAGUCUGUUGGUAACGUGAUAUCUGCAGCCGAUAUCAACUCAAGAGGAAAUUUUAUUGAAGAUUUAAUGUCUCAGUGCAAUAAUGAGUGGAAUACUCUUAUCUCCAAUAUCGAUUCAGAUUCUCAAAAUGCUAAUUUUUAUAACGUAGAAGUUAGCCGAUCUAUAAUACAAAUUUUGAAGAUAAACAACAGAGUUGCGAAGAGUACUGGGUUUGCAUUUACAAAGCAACUAUUGUAUUUGUAUCCUAGCAUGAUUAAAAUUUAUGGCUUGUAUACACAAUUUAUACAACACAGCGUUCAACAGUAUGGAGUCACAUGCUUCAAGCAUAAUAAUGUAAAUAUGUUACAUUUAGCAAAAAGGUCAAUGAUACACCUUAUUGAAACAUAUAUUACGAAUAUACCUUCAGGGGUUAUAAAAACCUUUUGUAAUAACAAACAUGAAAAUAGUAUGGAUGACGAUAUAGAUUUUGAUAUGUCUGCGGACAAUACAAAAUAUUCGGAGAUAAUCAAGCAGCUAUUAGAUUCAAUAAUAGACAAUAUAAUGUUAGACUACAAAAUGGAAUUUGUAGAAAUUAGGGACCACGAGGUACUUUGCAUGACGAGCAGUAUGAUUGAAAAAUUGGGGAAUUCCGGUGUAUUGGCAUUGCCCCGAAUUUUUGAGAAUGUCUUUGACUGCACCUUAGACAUGAUGAAAGAAAAUUUUCAUGCAUAUCCUGAUCAUCGUGAAUCAUUUUAUGACUUGUUACACAAGGCUACUAAACACUGUUUUGGUGGAUUAUUGAUCCUUCCUAACGAACGUUUAGGCUCAUUUGUAAUGUCACUCAUUUGGGCAUUUAAACACGAACACCCUGCUGUUUCUGAGAAAGGUUUACUAAUAGUCUUAGAGUUUUUGAGAAAUUUGGUAAUUCUACACAACAAGACAACACACUCACCAGGGACAAUUUCUCCCCUUGUCAGCUUUUGUGGUGCGUAUUAUUAUCUAUUAUUGAAGGAGAUACUUGGCGUUUUGACUGAUACGUUGCACAAAUCUGGGUUUAGGCUGCAAACUCAAAUCUUGAAGUUGCUAAUCAAGUUUAUUGAAAGUGAAUUAGUAAAUGAUCCAGCACAAAAUCUAACCAGCAUAUCUGUGAUGAGAUACCUGGUGGAUUUAAUAGGAAGAAGUUUUAAUUCUUUGCAUACAAAGCAAAUUGAUACAUUUGUCGUAGAUUUGUUUAACUACGCAUCUGGUGUUCCAAACGAUUUAGAUGAGCCAGGUCCUGCUGACCCUUCUGCCAGAUUCCAAACCCAUGUGAGAGAUUUCUUGUUGUCUCUCAAAGAAUUUGCCGGCUCAGGUGAAGAAUUUGAGAUGAUUUUCGAAAAGGAUAGACAAGACGCAAUACAGCGUGCGAGGAAUAUUGAAAUGAAGAAAAAUCAGCUAACAACUAAGGAAGUUGUACUUAAUUAG